UGCUGGUCGAAGGAAGGAGGAAAGCAGCCUAAUGCCGCCGGGGUUUACCGCGAAUUAAAAAUCUGACGUCCAGUGUUGCGCGGGGGACUCUGUCGGUUCUGGGAGGAGGAAAAAUAAAACAACAAAAUGCAUCCUCUCGGGAUUUGGAUGCUAAUGGCGACUCUGCAGUUGGGUGUUCUGUACGAAGAGGCCGGGCUGUCGUUGUCAAGCAAGCAGGGGUCGUUGCUAUGCACAAGGGGGUUUACGCAGGAGGAGUACAUCAUGGAAAUGGACCAAGAGCUGGCAAAGGGACACGCUGUCUUCAACAUGAGCUUCAUGGACUGUGGUGGUGGGAAGGUGUGGUUCGAGGUUAGAAAUUCCUCCGAUUUCAGGGUGAGUGAGGAUGGUGUGGUCUACGCCCUGCGGCACCUCAGCCUGGCGGGAAAGGAGAAUGUCUUCAUGGUGGUCUAUGCUCAAGACCUGCGGUCCAAACAGGUCUGGAAGGCCAGAGUGCACCUCUAUGUCCGUCCCAGUGCCAACAGCACAAGACCUGAACAGGUAAAGCCCAGUGAUGCAACACUGACUCAGCGGGUACCAGAGAUCUUGUCUCCAUGGCGCAGUGUGGUUGUCAGGGGCGAUGGCACUCUGAGGCGCGUGAAGAGGGAUUGGGUCAUUCCGCCCAUCAACGUCCCCGAGAACUCACGAGGACAGUUCCCCGAGGACCUAGUCAGAAUCCGCUCAGACCGGGAUAAGAACCGGAUGCUGCGUUACAGUGUGACGGGCCCUGGGGCCGACCAGCCUCCAACAGGCAUCUUCAUCAUCAACCCAAUCUCAGGCCAGCUGUCUGUCACCAAGCCUCUGGACAGAGAGCACAUCUCUAACUUUCACUUGCGAGCCCACGCUGUGGACCUCAAUGGAAAUCAGGUGGAGAACCCCAUCGACAUCGUCAUCAACGUCAUAGACCAGAAUGACAAUAGACCAGAGUUCACACACACCACCUUCAAUGGCUCAGUACCCGAGGGAUCCAAGCCUGGUUCCUUUGUGAUGACAGUGACAGCAGUGGACAAAGAUGAUCCAAAAACUGCCAACGGAAUGCUGCGAUAUAAGAUCCUCUCCCAGAAUCCCCAGAGCCCCUCCUCCAACAUGUUCACCAUUAACAACAAAACUGGUGACAUCAUUACUGUGGCAGCAGGCCUUGAUCGGGAGAAAGUCACCCAGUACACACUGAUCAUCCAGGCUACAGAUAUGGAGGGAAACCCAACCUACGGCCUGUCUAACACUGCCACCACUGUCAUCAGGAUCACUGACAUCAACGACAACCCCCCGGAAUUCACCACAGACACAUUCUUCGGGGAGGUUCAUGAGAACAGGGUGAAUGUGAUCGUUGCUAACCUGACUGUGACGGAUAAAGACCAGCCUCACACUCCAGCCUGGAGUGCUGUGUAUCGCAUUAUCGCUGGAGACCCCACCGGACGAUUCUCCAUCCCCACUGACCCAACCACCAACGAGGGUCUGCUCACUGUGGUCAAGCCGAUAGAUUUUGAGUUAUCCCGUUCCUUCAUGCUGACUGUGGAGGCGGAGAACGAGGUCCCACUGGCCCGAGGCAUCCACCUACCUCGUCAGUCCACAGCAACCGUCUCUGUACGAAUCCUUGACAUCAAUGAGAGUCCAGAGUUUAGCCCCAAUCCCAAGUCCAUCAAACUGGAGGAGGGUCUACCUGCUGGGUCUUUGCUCACCACCUUCACCGCCCAGGACCCUGACCGCUUCAUGAGACAAACCGUCCGGUACUCCAAGAUGUACGACCCUGCCAACUGGCUGGAGAUUGACCCGCUUAACGGUCGGAUUUCCACCAUCGCCAUACUUGACCGAGAGUCUCCCUACGUCAAAAACAACCUCUACAACGUUACCUUCAUGGCUUCGGAUAACGGUAUCCCACCUGCUAGUGGGACAGGCACCCUCCAGAUGUAUCUGCUGGACAUUAAUGACAACGCGCCUCACGUGUUCCCCCCUGAGGUAGAAAUGUGUGAGAAGCCAGAUCCCAAUGCAAUCAACAUCACAGCCAGUGACCCCGACCUGACCCCUAAUGCCGGACCCUUUGCCUUUGAGCUGGCCAAUCGUCCAUCAGAUGUACGCCGUAACUGGACUCUAAAUCGCCUCAAUGGUGAGUUUGCCCAGCUUCGACUGCGGAUCAACUCCUUGGCCAGUGGGAUCUACGAGGUUCCAAUCAUGAUCACAGACUCUGGCAACCUCCCAAUGUCCAACACAUCCUACCUGAGAGUCAAGGUCUGCCAAUGUGAUCACCACGGAGACUGUGUGGACAUGGAGCGAAUCAUCGCUGCUGGUCUGGGCACCGGAGCCAUCAUCGCCAUCCUUAUCUGUAUCAUCAUACUAUUAGUGUUGGUGCUGCUGUUUGUGAUGUGGAUGAAGAGGAGGGACAAAGAGCGUCAGGCCAAGCAGCUCCUCAUUGACCCAGAGGACGAUGUCCGAGACAACAUCCUCAAAUACGACGAGGAGGGAGGUGGAGAGGAGGACCAGGACUACGAUCUGAGUCAGCUGCAGCAGCCUGAUGCCCUGGAGCCAGAGUGCGUCAAAGUUGGGAUCAGACGUCUGGACGAAAGGCCCCUCCACCAUGACCACCAGUACCCUCUCCGCUCCGCUGCCCCCCACCCAGGAGACAUAGGAGAUUUCAUCCAUGAGGGCCUGAAGGCAGCAGACAACGACCCCACUGCUCCCCCGUACGACUCCCUGCUGGUGUUCGACUAUGAGGGGAGUGGCUCCACCGCUGGCUCCCUCAGUUCCCUGCACUCCUCCUCGAGCUCCGGAGACCAGGACUACGACUACCUCGGCGACUGGGGGCCACGCUUCCGCAAACUGGCCGACCUGUACGGCGGAGGUGAUGAUUAGCAUCCUCAACCCCCGCCAACAAUGACAGCCACCCUCCCCACCCUGCCCUUGCUCCAAGGAUUAGUUGUUGGUGGGGUUAAGGAAAGAGAAUAUGGGGUAAACAUGGGGGUUUUUGGAUCGGCACUUCUGUAUUACCAAGGGACAUCUUUUAAAGAGUCUUGCUGCCUCUUGAGGACAGUUGAUGACAACAGGGACCAUGCAGACUCCUGGCCUCGCAAAGCGUGGUAGUGGGGAGCAUUUAGGCUAAUGGACAUUAUCAUCUGAGCAUUAGCCCCUGAGCUAACUAAUGUGAGCCGCCAGAACAGUGCACUCAGAGGGGACGUUAUCUCUGCGAUGGUUAAGAGCUACGACAGCCAUGGUUACAGACGCUCAUUUACACUUGAAUCUCGCAGUACAGGAGCACUGGGGUCAAAUGUGCCUUUUGUACAUUCUUUUGAUUGUGUUCAGUCUCUUCUUCUUCUGUACGUCGCUUUAAAGUUCCCCCAUGUUUUGCAGCCGGCAACCGGAGGAGCGCUUCGCCAUGAUAAUGAGUGCAUGUGUGUGCGUGCGCGUUACUUGUUCGAGUGUGUGCGAGAUUGUGCGAAUUUCCUACAGAGACACACUGGAUGGUCUAAAAGGGCAAAGCCUAUUGUGAGAUGCCUUGGAUGAGCCUACCAACAAAAACACAGCUUUACUCUACAGCUCUGGGUGUUACAGGAUUUUAAAGGUGUUUUUUUUUCAUCUGAUUCAGUCAGAAUCAAUUUGAUGAUGUGUACAUCAUUAGUCUUAAAGUGGAACCAAGUAUACAGAUUUAGAUUUGAAGUGACCAAGUUUAGUCUUCCAAUGAGUAACACACACACACACACACCCCAAAACACUUUACUGAUGCCUAAAGUGACAUUCUCCUCUGGCCAGCAGCUUAAUCACCAUUGUUUUCAUUCCAUUUAUGAUGCAGUGGAAAGCCUUUUCUCUGCAAUCCUACAGAUGCACCUCUCAUGUGGCUUUCUGUGCCUAAUGCAUAGGCCAGGCUCAGACACCAGAAAGAUUCCAUUUCCUCUCUGCUCUCCCACACUCAUUCUCCUCUGCAAACACUGAUCGUUCAGCAUCAUAUCAUGCCAGAGCCUUGACUGAAUAGCUGGAAAGAAUGGCUGCCUACCCUAGCAGCCAUUCAAAACACUCUCAGACAGCUGAGGACAGUUAGUGCCACAGUGAAUUUAAAUAACUUUUUGUUUCUGAACCUCUGAGGUUUUUACAAGUAAAGAAAAUGUUUAAAUAUUGCCUUGGCCGUGUCCUUGCGGUGCUUUCAAAAAUGGGAAUUUUAAAUCUGGGAUGUAGUUUAGCUUAUUUGCAGGAUGACAGAAUACAGAAGAGAAGUGGUGAAAAACACAGUGAUAGAAUCUCAUUUCCAGACAAUUUGUGCAGAUGAAAGAAAACAACAACAAAGAAACGAGGCCACCAGCAAAGAAAGUUGAAUCUAAAAACAUUCAAAGCACUUUGGUUGGUUUACGGAGCAACAGUGAGGUCUGUGAAAUGACAAACUUCCAUCAUGAAGCAAAUGAAAUGUGUAACAAAUAUGACAGAAAUAGCAGGAGUGAAUGUGUCUCUGGUGUAGGUUCAGCAGAUGCAUCGUAGAUGGAGUUUGUAUUUACAGAUAAAUAUGUUCGAUGACCAGGUCGUGAACAGAAUAUAAAGUGACUGUGUUUCUGAUAAUAUUCAGGGCUGUUGCACUAAAUGACUAGUCUAACACUUUUCCUUCGUAAUGUCUGGAAGUGCAGCAUCUGUAGCUCUGCUAAUACAUCUUUCUAAUACAGGAAUUAAGUUAAUACAACUUCACUGAUUUUGCUUAUCGCAGUGAACAGUUGCAUAAAUUGCAGCAUUUCUUUGUUGCUUUUUUUUUUUAUUUGAACCACCUGUUUUUUUUUUUUUCAUGAGGCUUUACAUGUAUAUUCAUGGUUCCCGCAGGAUAAAUCUAAAGGCAAAGUUCCACUCAAACAAAAGAAAAUAAUAAAAGGUAGAGGACACUUUGUGUAGAAGUUCAAGUGAAUGGGAAAGUGGUCUCAGACUUUUCUGUAGGUCUAAAUGCGAUGGACUGUAAGAAGCAUUUGUAAGUGAAGUUACACAAAAUGUCAAAUAACUAGAACAAGGCCAACAUGGUUUAGCAGUACAUGUCCACCAAAUGGGUUCUGGAUUCUGGCUCCCCCUUUUCCUGAACCGGAUUUUGGAAAAGCUCUUUUAAGCUAAGAAACACUUCAGUCAAAAUCAAACAUGUCCCACUGGGAUAGAUUUGCCUAAUAAAAAAAAUACUAUUAGUUUCACCCUUUCUCUUCUAAAAGAUAAACAUGAAAUCUUGCAAUUAAUAUAAAUCCCAUGUGGAAGUUGUUUAAAUAUGUGUUCGUGUGCGGCUAAUUCUUCGCUCUCUUUAUCUGUCUGUCUCAGCUUCUCAUUAUGACAUUCUGUGUUGGCAGUAAUUCAUCGGCAGGUUAUGAAUCAGGCAAUGGUCUUUUUCUGCCAAAAAGAUAAAUACAUUCAUACAUACACAUUAAAAGGACUUGAAGGAAGUCAGUAGCCUAGCAACAUUAAGGUGACAAACAACUUGCAACUUGACGCUUUUCUCUGUUCAUUGAGAACAUCAGCUGUUGUGAAUACAUAAAUAUCUUGGUUACAGUACAGUAAACAGUGGGGUCCAAGAGUCUGAGACCAGUUUUCCAUUCACUUGAAUUGAAGCUUAUGAUUUUGAGUUUCCUGUACCCUGUACCUUAAAAAAAUAAAAAACAGAAGAGCAUUCUCUCCUGUUGAGUCGCAGCCUUUGACAGUGCUGUUGUGGGUCUAUUAAUGAAUCAAGCCCAGAGUUGUACAGAAGAGCUGUGUAUUUUUGCCAGUUUGGUUUUUCCAAAGCUAAUGAGAAGACAUGUACAGUAAUGCUAGACUUUAGAUAGAUACCUUCUCUUUUUUGUUUUGCUUUUAUCACAAUGUAAUUUAUGCAGCUGACUGCUAAUAAAGGGAGUCAUCAGUCCUUGUUUUGUAGCAAAGAUACUUCUUGAUACUGCUGUGGUGGAUUAAAUACAAAAAAGGCAAUGUUUUUUCUGUCUGCUGAUGAUUUGCCUUAGUGUUCUCUGGUACUCUCCAACUGGAUACUCACUGUAAACUGAAAUAUGUACAGAUUGUAUUUUUUUUCUCUUGUCGUUCUUUUGGCUGUGGUCUCGAAAAAUGACAUGCUAAUAUCCUGAAUCCUUGUACAUGUGUAAUUUGGAUU